AUACAAAACAACACACGUCUCUCUCUCUCUCUCUCAAAGAUGGGAAACGCUGCGUUCUGCUCCCCCUCCAUCGUCUCUUCCAAAGGCGUCGUCAAAGUUUUAUCAACCGACGGAACCCUAGAAAUCUUCACCCGCCCAAUAAAAGCAGGGGAUUUAAUGUUACAUUUCCCAGGCCAAUUUGUCUGUAAUUCCGUCCAACUCUCCGUCGGUACCCGGAUCCCAGGUCUCUCACCGGACGAAGAACUCAACCGUCGCCACCUCUAUUUUCUCCUUCCCAUGGAAAUCCUUUACUCUGUCUUAACUCACGAAGAAUUCAAUUCUCUCUCCAUAAACGCUUCCAAAGCCUUGAAACAGAGCACCCUUAGAUUCUCCAAGAUAUUCCCUGUUCUGGGUUUCUUCCCCAGUUCAGAUUCAAAGACGGCGGCUGCAGCUGCUGCUGCUGCGGCGGCGGCGAGAUCUUCGUAUUCGCCGGCGAUGGAAGAUGAGCCGUUGGAUGGGUUUCAAAGGCAGAGAUCGUGGGUGCCAGCUUUGGAGACCAUUGUAGAAACUCCACCACAUAAUAAUAGAUCAACAAUUGUAUGAUUGAUUAAUUGUUGUAAGUUUUUCUUUUUUAUUAUUAUUUUGAGAAUAUUUAUUCUUUUUUUUUAUUAUUAUUUAUUA